GCGGCAACUUUGACUGUGAAAGCUUUCACAUCACACGCAUUUCAUACAGAUAAAACUCUAAUACAACGAUUAAAGAACUAAUGUCACAAGAAUCGGUAACAAAAGAGCGACUGGGUAGUAAUGGGCCACAUCUUACCACCGAGCAGCUGCAGCGGAUCGAGCAAAACAGGCGCGCGGCACUGGAGAGGCUGGCCGCGCGCAAUGUUCCCGUACCCGUCGGAGCAAGCUGGCGAAACCACAUAAAGGCCGAAUUUUCCAAGCCUUAUUUCACAAAUCUGAUGUCUUUCGUCGCUGAGGAACGAAAACGGUUUACUGUCUAUCCGAAACCAGAACAAGUUUUCUUUUGGACAGAGCUGUGCGCUUUCGAGGAUGUAAAGGUGGUCCUCCUUGGCCAAGACCCAUAUCACCGGCGAGGCCAGGCCCACGGUCUCUGCUUCAGUGUACCCAGGCCUAUUCCACCACCCCCAAGCUUGGAAAAUAUAUUCACUGAACUAGCAUUAGAUAUAGAGGACUUCCAGCACCCUGGGCAUGGGGACCUGACAGGAUGGGCUAAACAGGGUGUUCUGCUGCUGAACUCUGUAUUGACAGUACGAAGCCGUGAGUCAACCUCCCACCAGGGCCAAGGCUGGGAGCUGUUCACUGAUGCUGUGAUCCUGAGCCUCAGUAAGAAUUUGAGGGGCCUGGUGUUUCUGCUCUGGGGUUUAUAUGCCCAGAGGAAGGGAGCACUCAUCGACAGAACACGACAUCACGUCCUUGAGACAUCCCACCCAUCUCCCUACUCUGCUCAGCUGGGCUUUUUUGGAAGUAGACACUUCUCCAAAACCAACAUUUUACUCAAGUCAUCUGGAAAGACACCAAUUGACUGGAAAGCACUCUAACUACAAUAGAUAUUUUAAAAGAUUUAUAUGUAAUCGAAUGCCUUUUCAGCAAAAUUGCCACUUGUAGCCUAGUGGUUAAGGUGUAUAACUGUUAAUCAGAAGCUUGCUAGUUCAAAUCCCACCACUGCUGGGCCCUUGUGCUUAACCCUUAAUUGCUUAAGUUGUGUUCAGGUACAAUUAUGCAUUGUUUUGCAUAAAAGCAUCAGCUAAAUGCUGUAACCAUAAAUAAAAUUGUUGCCAUUUUCAGUCUAAGUUAAACAUGUCUGUAAAGUUGUUUUUAAUGUCCUGUGCAGCAUAUCAAAGGAAAUGACGCUUGUUCUAUAUAAGGUAAUGGAGUUCUGGGUGAUGUAAUGGAGUUCUGUAUAAUGUAAUGGAGUUCUGAGUGACGUAAGAAGCUCUGGAUAAUCAACAAAUCUUGUAAUAAUCUGGUUGCUUCUGCUCUGUAGUGGAUGAUUAUUUGUUAAAUAAUCCAUUUAUUUAUUCAGGUUUUUCCUAUACCUUUUCAUUUGUGUGGAUUCAAACCACACAUUCGUAUGGAUUUGGAUUUUCUCAUUGGCUGAUUACAUCUAGAACUAUGUGUUAACAGUUAUGUAUGUUAGUAUUUAAAGCAUAACAUCCAUGUGUUUGUGUGACUAUAGUGACUGGGGUUCUGUAUUUCAAAUGGCAGGACUUU